CACCAAAUUAUCAGACAUACAGAGAUGAACGUGCCUAUUAUAUAUCUAAGGGUUGUGACACAUCAGAUGGCUGUUCACGUCGACAAGCCCUCUAUUCAAUGUCCUGUACACGAGACUGGUACCAUGAUUGGGCCUGUGUGGAAUGUUGUAAAGGAGAUCUAUGCAACUAUGAUGUCACUCUGGGAGCUGGCAGUUUCAAGGCCAGUGUAUUUACAGUCCUUUCAGCCACAGCAGUCUGGCUUUUCCUCCACUAACAUGUCAUCACAGUUCAACACAUCAUCACAGUAUGACAGACAUUUAUUGUCCAAGGAAAUGAAGGAUAUGCCUCAAUACAAUUUUCAUACAUUCCCAAGUUAAAGUGACUCGCUGAUUUUGAUGAUGAGUGUAUAUUGUUCAAAUUGAUCUGAUCUGUCUAAUGCAAGGCUCUGUAGAUCUGACAAAUUAAUUGACUGUCUAGUAUAUGUCUAUAUAACUGGAUCAUUUGAAAAAUAAAAAACAGAAACGACCCAAGACAUUAACGUAACAAAAUGUCACCUCCCAGUCCUCACCUCCUGAAAUGUCAAAAGUGUUACCGAACAGCAGUUACAAAAGCAGUUGUUGUAACAAUAUGUCACAAGUUCUUGAUGGGACUACAUGCCUUUCUUUCGUUAAUAAUUUUAGCUAAACAUAGAACUUCUGCCAUUUCUCUACUUUUUGUAUGGGUCUAUAAUCUACAUUGACAUCUGUGCAUGAAGAGAAUAUUUCUUUUGUAAAAUGUUUGAAAAAUGAGAUAAUUCAGUGACCUACUUUUAAAAAUUAAAAAUAAGUAAAUAAAAUAAGGUCAUUGCAUUUUCUCUAUAUGUUUUGAAACAGAAAUUGAGCCUUAUGUUUUUGCAGAGAUCAGUUAUUAUGCACCGUCUGAAACUUUGAACAUAAAACAAUUUGUAAAUAAUAGUUCUCGUGUCUCAGAAUCUGUGUUUCUGAUCAUUCAAUGUAUAUGUAUUCUUAGAUCUGUUAAUAAUGUUUCUGUCUUUACAUUCUGUUUACGAUAUUCCAAGUUUUCCUUAACACUGUUAAUAAUUCCUGAUAUUAUUAAAAUGUGAUAUUAUAUUCUUUACAUUCUUUAUAUAUCUGUACAUUUUUAU